AACAGCAGGUGGCGGGGUGUUCGGCAGCACAGGAAGGAUUCACUUUAUGAAUGACCGACAGGAUGUACAACCGGAAGAGACUGUGCGUAUUUUUACACUCAACAAGAUGCUUGGGUUUCAUUUAAUUGUUUGUCAGAACGAAAUCUUUAAUGCCUCUGGAUAAAAUCUCGUUGUGGUUGUGGUUAUAGUUGAUAAGAUGAAGCGAUACGGAGAUGCUACAUCUAUGCUAUACAAGCUAGUUGAAGCUAGCGGUUAGCCGCAGUGUCAUAAUGAAAACUGCGAGGGGAAAGAUGCUUAAUAGUGGAAAGAGGUGUGAUAGCUACAAGUGUGAAAGGUACAUGGAGGCAUCAAGGAUGAUCACAGCUGGCUGAGAUUCAUCUGCCAGCAGGUACGAUCAAGUUUGGAAAGAAGCAGGAACCAUGAAAGAGGAGGGCAAGGCAGAGUGUGGAGGCGAGUUUCUGUUUGAGGACCCGGACUUCCCCGCUGAGGACACCUCCCUUUUCUACAACAGCUCCACGGCCAUCGCUGGGCUGCAGGGGGACAUCACCUGGCUACGCCCACAGGAGAUCUGCCAUUCACCUGCCCUCUUCCCUGACAACAUCAGCCUGGGUCAUGCCAAACAAGGUUUAUUAGGGGAUUGCUGGUUUCUCUGUGCCUGCACCUACUUGCUCAGUAACAAACAUCUACUGAACAAGGUGUUGCCUCCAGGCCAGCCUCAGUGGGGUGACAGCAGGUACAGGGGCUCCUUCCAGUUAUGUUUUUGGCAGCAGGGACUCUGGACAGAAGUGACCAUCGAUGACCGCCUGCCCUGUAUAAACUCCACUCUCUGCUUCUCACGCUGCCACUCCCCCACUGUCUUUUGGGUAGCCCUGCUGGAGAAGGCCUAUGCAAAACUUCAUGGCUCAUAUGAGCGACUGUGGGCAGGGCAGGUGUCUGAGGCUCUGGUGGAUUUGACCGGGGGCCUGGCAGAGCAUUGGAGCUUGAGGGAUGUUGGGUCAGAGGAGGAGCAGAGACCAGAACAGGACAGCGACCAGGUCAGGAGGAGAAGGCUGGACCUGAACUUUCUGUAUCCAUUGAAGGACAAAUGUGCAAUCAGCUGCUCCACCCACAGCAAUCCUGGAGGUGCCAGUGAGCUAGGUCAGUACCAUGCACUGACUGUCAUGGAGAGCUUGGAUGUCAAGACGCUGUCAGGUAGCAAAGUACUCCUGCUCAGGAUCAGAAACCCCUGGGGAAGAUGCUGCUGGGGAGGGGCGUGGAUAGGGAGUGGUGUGGGUUGGAGUACCAUCGACCCAAACUCUGCUUUGGACCUGCAAUCCAGGGUGGCUGAGGGCGAGUUCUGGUUGGAUGAGACUGAGUUCCUGUCCCAGUUUGAUGAUGUCACAGUGGGUUACCCCAUCAGUGAUGAGGGACACCUACAGAGCAUCUAUACUGGAAAUCUGCUGACACACAGCCAUCAGCUGGCUGGCCGGUGGAUAAAAGGACACUCAGCUGGUGGCAGCAGAAACAGCAGCAGCUACAGCAGCAACCCUAAAUUUUGGCUCAAAAUGUGUGAGAGAGGAGAGGUUCUGUUAUCUCUGUUACAGCACAGAAAAUGGAAAAACCCAGAGAAAUACACACAAACGUCACUGGAGAACACGAAGCACCAGCACUACCAGGCUAUAGCUCUACACAUGUGGAAGGUGGAGAAGAAGCGUUUCAACCUAAGCCGGAUGUUGAACAAACCUCCUUGCGCUUCUACUGACUGCCACGUGUAUGACAGAGAGGUGGUCCUCCAUAGACAGCUUGAGCCUGGAUACUACUUGCUGAUCCCCAGCACCUACCAGACAGGAGCUGAGGCCCGCUUUCUCAUCAGGGUCUUUACUUCCUCUUCCUCAUCCCUCAGUGCCGUGAAAAACCCAGCACCUUCACUGCCAUUGACAACAGAUGGAGAAUGGGAAACCAGUUACUUCCAGGGCUCAUGGCUGGAGGGAAAAACGGCCGGUGGAAGCAGGAACUUCCAGUCUCACUGGCAGAACCCAUACUUCCCUUUUACAGUGUGUGAUGAGUCAGCAGUGACGUCAGGAGUUAAUGUCAGGAUCACCCUGCACCAGAGCCGCCCUGACACUGAUCUACACCCUAUCGGCUUCCACAUUUAUAAGUCUCUAGAAGGACGAUCCGAGCAGAUGUUAUCCAGGGAUGAGGAUCCUGUGGCCAGCUGUGUCCCUCACUGCUACACCCAGGAUGUCAGUAUGGCCUGCUGUCUUUCUCCUGGAGCUUACACCAUAGUGCCGUCCACUUACCAGCCUGACUGCUCGGCAAACUUCACUCUCAGCCUUGCUCGCAGAAUACACAGGAAAGUGGUGAAAAGCCAGGAGAGGCUUGGGCGAGCCAUUCGGGAGAUCUCUCACAUCUCUGUGAUGCAAAGCUAGUUCUCUGGGACUAUUGCUGCUCCGCUGACGUCGCCUCACCUCCCUGUGCCUCUUGGCCCAUGAUGAAAGAACCGUUUCUCCCAUCAGCCCUCACCAUGGAGGCUGUAUGUGUGUGCAUGUAUGUGUACCACCAGUGGCUGAGAAGGCAGGCAGGCAGAUUUAGUGGGAAUGUGUGUGUCGGGAAUCCCAGAAACCCUUUUAUCCUGAACUGCUGAAGCUCGGGGCUGUUGGGCAGCCACACACUCAUCGGCGAUUAGGACAUCAGAGGUUGUCGGUGGGCUGGGCUGCUAAUGAAGUAUGACGGGACUGGCUGGUGUAAACAAACAGCCGCCAUUGAAGAAGGCCGCCGCUGCUCUUGCUCAUUCACUCACUGGUGUGCCUGCCGGCUUUGAACAAAGGGUCCUCUCAUGAAGGUCCUCACAGAGGCACAGGGGGCAAGGGGCGAGGGGAUGGUCUACGACAGCAGAGCCAACCAAACCGCACCACACCAUACCGUGCUAUACCAUCCCAAAGUUUCUUCCCAUCCCUGGCCAACAGACACUCUUCCUUACCUAGAUUGUGUUGUUUGUUUCUAGACACAGACAUGAGUCUUUCGUCAGUCCCUCGAUCCCAAACCUGCUCACCAUCCAGACCAACGGUAAAGUCAGGCCUGGCCUAAAGAAGUACUUCCUGACUCCAUCCUCUCUGCCCCAGCUCCCCUUUAGUCCCUCCAGACUCGGUCCACAGCUCAGCUUGGACCUGAACUCAGCCACGGUUUGAAGUUGCCGCGAGGACAGAUGACAAGCGGAUGGAUGGAAGGGAUGAAACAAGGGCUGCGGCACAUCAGAAGAGGCCGGUUCAUAUGAAGAAGUUGCCAGUCCUUUCUGUGUUGAGGCUGUGUGUGUGUGUGUGUGUGGUGGUGUGUGUCUGCCUGCUCACAACCAUAUCUGUGUGUGAAAAUCACAGGGUUUCUGAUUAUUAAUCUGAGCCAGUGCUAACAGAGACUUUUAUAAGCUAUGAUUAACUGAUUGGUACUGUUCUGUGUAUUUAUGUUUGAGAGACAAUUGUAAGAGAUGCCUUGAAUAAAAUGUGCAAACAUAA